CUGUUCUUUUUCGUGUUCUUCUGUUCUCAUGACAAUGACUGCCCUUUCAGCUGUAAACAUUGUCAAGUUCCAUACCGGUCACAUCCAGUCACGCACAAACCGUUCACCUCCUUUUCUCUCUCCUACCCCCUAGGGUAUGAACGGAGAGUCAGGGUUUCCAGGUUUACAAGGACCAAUGGGACUGCCAGGGUUCAAAGGUCAUAAGGGGGACUACGGUGAAGAGGGCCCGAGAGGAAGUCAGGGAGAGCGAGGCGGCGAAGGAACCCCCGGGAUCCCAGGCACACCGGGGGAAACAGGGCCCAGGGGAAGCAAAGGAGAGAGAGGAGUGUCGGGCGACCCAGGGUCCAGAGGCCUGGAGGGGAAGAAGGGAGACACGGGACACAUCGGAAUCGUCGGAGCGCGAGGGUCUCCAGGACAAGAUGGUUUACCAGGACAACCCGGCGUCCCUGGAUACCCUGGAAAGCCUGGAAAGCCUCCCUCGGAUGAGCACUUACUGAAACUGUGUGGAGAUAUGCUGAGGAGUUAGUAUUUCUUCACCGCCUUUUACUGUACAUUUGAGUCAGCAGUCAAACUGAGAAACUACAGUAGUAGCCAGAACACGACGGCCUUUUAAAAAAUUACGU